UAGACUGUUGGCUUCAGGAAAUCAGUUGGUGGAAAAAGCUUUCCUUUCUGUAAUCAAACAUCCCCAGCACAGAGUCAAACACACACCGGAGCAAGAACAAACUGCAGCCAGUGAACCCUCGGAUGUUGAUGUCGAACCUGCGGUGUGUCCGUUUAUAGACGCCCGGUUGCGGAGGCGCCGGGCCGGGCCGGAACCAGAACCAGGCCCGGACGGACGGACAGACAGAACCAGCGCUGCGGACUGGCGGAGUGUGUGUGUGUGUGUGCGGGGUUUGCAUGCUGUCUGCAGGGGAAGUGUGAUGUGUAUCACCGAGACUUGCUGACAGCAGGUUGGUCGAUGAGCUCCCGGUGCCUGCGGCGGAUCAGAUCGGGUGUAGCGGCUUGAGGCUCCUCGAGCAUGGGACAGCUUGGAUUGAGCCAGAAGCGAGCUAGCUCUACUAGCUAACACCGGAGCUAACGACGGCAACUUCUACUAGCUGACUGGCGAGGAAACGUAACAAAAACACCGAGUAUGAGCGCUACACCUGGGUUUAUGUGAAUGAAGGGGAGUUAUUUUAUAUCGCGUAACAUUUCCCAGCUCUUUUAAAGGCCUGAUAAAUGUUUCCGGAGCGAGUAUAGCGUUGUAGCUAAGUCGUUAGCCGCUAAGUGAGCCUGCCUCGACCGACCGGCCCGAUGAAGGAGUACAAAGUGGUGGUGCUGGGCAGCGGCGGCGUCGGCAAGUCCGCGCUCACCGUCCAGUUUGUCACCGGCACCUUCAUCGAGAAAUACGACCCGACUAUCGAGGACUUCUACCGCAAGGAGAUCGAGGUGGACUCGUCUCCCUCCGUGCUAGAGAUCCUGGACACGGCGGGGACGGAGCAGUUCGCCUCCAUGAGAGACCUGUACAUCAAGAACGGACAGGGCUUCAUCCUGGUCUACAGCCUGGUCAACCAGCAGUCAUUCCAGGACAUCAGACCAAUGCGAGACCAAAUAGUUAGGGUGAAGCGCUUUGAGAAGGUGCCAUUGAUCCUGGUCGGGAACAAAGUCGACCUGGAGUCUGAGCGUGAGGUGGCUGGGUCAGAUGGACGAGCUCUGGCUCAAGAGUGGGGCUGCCCUUUCAUUGAAACUUCUGCCAAGAGCAAGACUAUGGUGGACGAGCUGUUCGCAGAGAUCGUCCGACAGAUGAAUUACUCCACACUGCCGGAGAAGCAGGAACAGUGCUGCACAGCCUGUGUGGUGCAGUGAGGAAGAGAUGCCUCAUUUGUCUGGACCACCACAAGGAUUUUUGAUGAACCAUGAACCCGGAGACAAAGUGACAAAAACUUACCGCAGCUGGUAAAGUUUCUGUUCGAUGUGGUUUCUGACUGUAUCACAGAGCAUCUGACAGGAAAGACGUCGGCCCUAUUUUUGAUAUCAUAACUGUUAGAAGACGUUUUCUGCUGCAACCUUAACGGCCUUUGCGAUGACCCAGGAUGGAGUCAGACAGACGGACUUGUAAUGAGCGAGAACGGCCAUCUGUGAAUUUCAGUCUUUUUUUUUUCUCUCCUUUUAGUCAGAAGUAUCCCUGAAAUAAUAAGCAGGAGUGUUUGUGAGGUUGCAGCUUCUUUUUAAAGCUGCUUUAAUCACUAUUAUAUACUUUAUUAUUACUUGUAUUAUGUCUCAAGUUUGGAAUUUGACAAAAGUAUUUCAUAAUAUUGAAACAUUUUGACUUUUAAGCAUGCAUACUUCGACCAGUUUGCUGCCCAGGUAUGCUCGCUUUAUUUUUGGAAAUCUUGUCUAAAAUACUUCUUCUAACUGACACAAACUGUGAGUUUUUUAGCUUCAGGAAACGUAAACAGGAUGUAGAACUUUAUGGAUUAAACUUGUAACAUCAAGAAUUUUCCUUUUUAUGAUCGCAGUAGCCUGAAGCAGCUAAACUCAUCUGAAAACAUGCAUGCUCAAAAUUGAAAAUGUUCUACUAAAUCAACUUGAAGUGAUAAGGAAGAGCCAUUUUACUGUUUUUAGCCUGAAUUCUGUCAAAGUCUCUACAAGGCAUGAAUCGCGUGGACGCAGGUCUUCCAUUUUCCGUUUUCUCGAGGAGUCUCUGUGGGAGAAUGAUUUUGGAAUGACCAAAGGAAGCUCACAGUGCAUAUUUGUGUUUGACUACAUGACGUGUGUUGCUUUAAAUUCAGGAGAUGCUGGUUUGUUGUCAUCAAAUUAUUCCCGCUGCAAUGUGGUUUGAUAAAAGUUCUGGCACAGUUAAUCAGAUUUAACUUACGUUAAACAUAUUUUUUCUUUCUCUUAUAGUAACCUAUUUAUUAAAAACUAAUGACAUGGGUAGCCAGUUUUAAACUUUUAAUUUUAUACUAGUUUUCGCUUUUUGUGACUUUUCAGGAUACAUGGUACAUUGUUUUGUUUUUCAAAGCUGAGGAUUUAACAGAGCCUUAAAUAAUUCUUGUUGCACCCUGGUCUCAUGUUUUUUGUUUUUUUUCCUCUUCUCAAAGAUAUAAAAAGCUGUUGUCAUUUGGUAAUAAACAUGCUGGCCUUUC